AUGAACUUCGGUGCUCUGGGUGGCCAACACCGUGCGGACAUCAUUCAGGUAAUCCCCCGGACCAACCUCGCGUACAUAUCCUACAACAAAUGUCCCUCUGGCUCUGGUGGAGACGAUGCAAACAUGGGCGAUCCAGAACUCCCAGCCUAUACCCCUAUCACGACAGGCUGCGGCUUUGAGGUCUGUCCACUGGCAGCCAUUUCGUUCCCGGACACUAGCUGUACUACAGAGAGGCAAGCUGCCAUUAUAUUAGAACUGCAGAGUACCUUAGAAAUGGCUGUGGACACGGAAGCUAAUUUGCAAAGAGGGGUAUACUUUACCAAGUUCUUUGACGAGGGGUCCCGUCAGAACGAAGAUUUCGCAGCCAACACCGCUAGAGUGUACGGAAAUGUUGCAACUAUGCUCCAAGGCGGUCCCGCGUACAGAGUUACAGCCACUUGUGAUAGUUCAACGAAGUACUGUACAAAGAUCGGGUGGUACGCCCAUAUGAAUGACAAUGCGAAAGGCAAGGUUGGCAGGGUCAAUUUUUGCGAGAAAUUCUGGACUGACUCAGAGAUCGUCUCUACGGACAGUAUACUAAGUACGUGUAAAACCACAGUCCCAGACUUGAGAGUUGUUCAGAGAACGCGCUCUGCCAUUUUGUUACACGAGAUGACGCAUACUUCAUUUGCCAUGUCCUUCGGAGAAAAGACGCGCGAUUACGCCUAUGGGUAUACCUUUUGUUCACUACUUGCUGAAGGCGAGUUUGACAGGAGUUGUAUGACAAGCCAGAUGAAAGGCAGGCCUAAGGUCAUGUGUCCUGACCUUUCGGGCAACGAGGGCAAUUGUAUGGCGAGUAUGUCAGUAAAGAAUGCAGACACAUACGCCUUCGUGGCUGCUGGGGUCUGGUAUUCUGGAAAGUCCGUGAAUGAUGCUAAUAUCGAGUACGUCGAGAAGGUCUGCUCUGGCGACACUCUUACUGGUCUGACGGGGCAGAUCAACAGCUGGAGUAACCCAGAGCGUGCAUCUAUCGCCACACUGUCAAUUGGCGGUAACGAUGUCGGCUUUAGUUCCCUGCUUCGGUACUGUGUUAUCACGCCUAAUACUGGGCCUUCAGGAUCCGCAAAUCGUGCAAAUUGCGUGGCGUCUGAAAAGAAGGCGACAGACUACAUGUUGGAUCCUGGAACAACAGGCCUGCGUUACAAGCUUAAAGAGGCCUACCUCAGCAUCCUGCGCAAAUCCGGCCACGACUACUUCCACCUCUACAUUACUAGCUACGUCAACUUCUUUAAUGCUGCUACAAGCGACUGUGCAGACACUACCUUCCACUACUGGUGGGCGGGUUACAAGCCCUCCUCUGACUGGCCCAUGAACCGUAUUGUCUACCUCUCCACCGACCUGCGAAGUGAGCUCAAUACGCUCGUUACCCAGCUUAAUACUGUCAUUGCCGGCGCCAUUGUCGACGCCAAUAACGAGUACGGCGGCUCCUCACAAGUGCACUUCGUUGACCUCGCGCCCGCCUUUGCUGCCGGGCACCGUUGGUGUGAGAAUCCCAACGGGGAGUUCCACGAGCCAGAUGUCUCACGCGCUGAUACUUGGCUGUUUCUCAGUGCCUGGAAGGAUACCAGCAUCGAAUCUGCCGCCGAUGUCACCGAUGCCGUCGAGGCAGCCGAAGUUGCCACGCUCAUCUCGUCUGGCAACAUCUCCUUGCCGGAUGCCGGAUCUUGCUAUGCGGCAUUGGGCACGGAUCCGGACCCAUACGCCUACGCCAUGUGUCAGGUGUCUAUCUCGAUCUCUGAGGACCCAGCUGGGCCAGAGGCAAUGCGAUACCAGGCUGCGCAGGCGGCCAUCGCGAGUGGGGAUUAUAACAGUCAGGACAUUGCGGGCUAUUUGCCGACUCGGCAAAUAAAGACGUUCCAUCCCAGGAGUCCGGGGAUGGUGGCAUACAGGGAUGCGCUCCUUGGGGUGAUCGAGGGGGUCGGGCAGCUGUAG